AUGGGCUACCCAAUACCGGUAGCCCAGAACUACACAGAGAGGUCCUGCACCUUAUGUCUCCUCGAGGGCAGGAACCUCCUGUCAUUGUCUCUGGCGGAAGAAGAACGGCACUGUCGGGAUUGGCACCCCGACAGAGAAAUUAAAUUUAUAUGUACGAAAUGCCGUAAAAUAUAUAAAAACAGACACGCCAGCCGGUGCCAUCUACCUAAAUGCACCGGGCCGAAGCCGAUUGUAGCCGACGGGCAGCGGUGUGGCAUUUGCAAUUCGGUCUUCGCGACAGACAUGGGACUCUCCCAACACAUGCGGCACAGGCAUCCUGACGCCAGAAAUGAAGCGAGAAUCGCUAGUGCCUCAUACUAUCAGCCUCCUCGGCCAAGGCAUAACCAGGUCUUUACCGAGGAUGAAAUUCGCACUAUGCUGGAGUGCGAAGUGAGGUUCUACGGCGACAGGCUUAUUGCCUUUAACAUGGCGCCCUACAUACCAACAAAGUCCAAUACGCAACUGAGGCAUAAAAGAGCUGAUAUUAAAUAUAAAGUAAGGAGGGACAAAUACCUUAUAGAGCACAAUCUCCCUCCUUUAGCCGCAGGGCGCCAAGAAAACCUCGAUGAAAUCGAGGAAACAGUGAAUCUGCCCGACAGUCCAGCCCGCGGGCUGGCGGAUCCACUCCUGGCUAUGCAAGAAGAGGCUGCGGCCCUAGUCAGAGAGUUGGAAUCCAUCCAGCGCGCCACUUUAGAGUACAGGGAGUGGCGCAGAGAGAUCGUUGAGUCGGUUCUCGCUCAACAGAUACCCCAGAAUGCCCAACGAUCUCAAACAGAAUUAACGGCUUUUACGAACUUGGGUGCUGGCUUGGAGCGGUCGUCGUUUUGGGACUAUGACGUGCCCCAAGGGUUCAUCGAUACGAUGUACUCAUGGGUGUUAAGCGUCGUCCAAACCGACGGCCGCCCUAGAAUCCCAAAGCCUAAGAGGGGAGCGGGUAGAGGCCGGGGUAGUCGCAGGCGCUACCUCUACGCCAAAACCCAAGACCUGUAUAGUAAAAAUCCGUCCCUUGUGGCAAGGUACGUCCAUAACAACGUGGACUGGUUGGACGCCCCCGGGAUCGGGUGUCCAAACGCGGACGUACAGGAUCUGUACGAGAGACUAUGGGGUCAAAAGCCUGUAGUACAGAUCCCAGAUUUGGGAGAUAAUGACCCUCCGAUCGAGUUAUCUCAUGUUUUAUCCGAGAUAACUCGAAACGAAAUAAAAGAAAGACUCUCCCAAAUAAGCAGUUCCACGGCGGCUAGCCCAGACGGUAUCCGGCUAAUUGAUGUAAGAAGGCCAGCCGUAUAUGAAGUCCUCCAUAGAUUUUACAACCUCGUGAUGGUAUGUGGCCGGAUACCAUCCAACUGA